AUGCUAAAUAAGCUACCAAAGAAGAAGGGUGACCCGAAGAGCUUAACUUUUCCUUGCCAAUUUGGUAACUUGGCUACCAUUCAUGCUUUGGCCGAUUCGGGAGCAAGUGUGAACCUCAUGCCAUAUUCACUCUUCAAGAAGCUAGCCCUCUUAGAACCAAGGCCAAUUCAUAUGGUGAUUCACUUAGCAAACAAGACAGUCACUUUUCCAAGAGGCAUAUGUGAAAACUUAUUGGUCAAGGUGGACAAGUUUGUAUUUCCCGCAGAUUUCAUAAUUCUAGACAUGGAGGCGGAUCCUCAAGUCCCGAUCAUCCUUGGAAGACCUUUACUCAACACUGCAAGUACUAUGGUAGACAUGAGGGACUCAAAGCUUACUUUACGGGUAGGAGAUGACUCAGUUACUUUUGGGGUUGAUCAAGCUAUGAAGUAUGCAAGGAAUAGUGAUGACAUGGCGUUCUCAAUUGACAUGCUUGAUGAAUUAAUGGAGGAGUGA